AUGGAGGUAAAACGAGUAGAAGAAAAAAGAAAAAUUCUGUUUAACAAUGAACUUUGCCAAGCAAUCUUUCCGAUAUAUUACCUUGGUAAAUUGUGUGGCUUGGUUCCAGUAAGAUUUUUUGUGCAUACUUCUGAAGGAUGUCAGGCUCGUUUAAAUAUUAUAGAUCUUAUCUAUAGUUUAUGUGUACUUAUAGUACUACUUAGUGCGGAAAUUUGGGGUUUAUGGCGAGAUUUAAAAGAUGGUUGGGAAUAUAGUACCAGAUUAAAAUCUCGAACAGCAGUAAUCGCAACUUGUAGUGAUGUGCUUGGGGUAAUGAGUUUAACUGUGGUUUGUAUUGUUGGCUCUCCUUUUCGUUGGAAAUAUUUGCAGCUUGUUAUAAACAAAUUAAUUGAGGUGGAUGAAAAGAUCGGCGUAUCAUCUGCAAAAGCGGCUCGAAGAUUCACGAUUGUACUAACAAUAUGUAGCCUAAGUUAUCUCUGGUUCAAUUCAAUUAUAGAUUUUUACACGUGGAAUCGUAAAACAAAAGUCAAUAAUAAAGCGAUGACCGGCAAAGGUCCCAUUAAUUAUGCACCUCUAUAUUUCAUGUAUACAGUAAUUAUUUCGACAGAAAUUCAAUACACUGUCUCAACAUAUAACAUAGGACAAAGAUUCAUUCGUUUAAAUACUAGUCUCAAAGAUUUGUUCAAUGCAAAUAGCAACAACAAUGACAAUGCAAUGGAUUAUUUUCGAAAAUGUCCCGAGACAGCAGCUCAUGAUGUAGACGACAAAAAAAGAUGGAACCUCAAACCAAAACGUCAAAUUGUAUUAGGCAGCUAUAGACUAUCACGAAAAUUAGAUGAAAAUAAAAUGUACGUAAACAACAUAUCUGAAUUGAUAAUGAUUCAUUCUUCACUUUGUGAUGCAGUCUCUCUUAUAAACAGUACAUUUGGUGUUGUGAUAUUGGCUGUUACUGUAACCUGUUUAUUACACCUAGUCAUCACACCAUAUUUUUUAAUAUUACAAGCUGGUGAAAGACAUGAAUGGAUAUUUCUGAUUGUACAAGGUGGAUGGUGCAUCUUUCAUAUAACUAGAAUGCUGAUAAUUGUUCAACCCAGUUAUUCUACAAUUGCAGAGGGAAAAAAAACGGCAGUUCUCGUUAGCCAGUUACUUUCUUGUAGUUUUGAAGCAAAUGUCCGACGCGAAUUAGAAAUAUUUUCGCUUCAAUUGUUGCAUCGGCCUCUCGAAUUUUCAGCAUGCGGACUUUUUUCCUUAGAUAGAAAUUUAAUAACAUCGAUUGCGGGAGUUGUGACGACGUAUCUUGUUAUUCUGAUACAAUUUCAAAAUGCAGAUGACACAAAGGACGACUUCGAUAUUAUAAGAAAUGCAACACAGAUUUUAAAGAAUGCAUCACCGCUUCAGAAUUUUACCGGAUUGAAGACCAUUGUGUAAAAACCAACUAAUUGCAAUCAUACGCAAUCAUAAGCAAGAGAGAAAGAGAAAGUGAAAACAAAAAAACAAUCGCAUAUUGCGAUAAUGACAUUUAAUAUACCAAUUUUCGUAAAUAGCGGUAAUAUACAAAUACAGAUUACUCGUAUCAUUAUUCAACUACUAAUAAUAAGGAGUUGUUUCAUCGA